CCACAAUCCCUUCUCUCCUUCGCUCUUUUCCCCCAACCUUGUCUCUCUUACUCGCUCAGAUCCAUUUACAUCCCUACUCCACUGUUCAUUCGAAAAUCCAAAUUCUUCCAUUUACUUCACAUUCAAUUAGCUCACGGUUCAUUUUUAUAUUUUCUUGUCUCUUCAUUUUUAUUUGUGUAUCCCAUGGGAAGGCGUCUGAAUAUAUUCUGUCCCUGUCUGCCUCGUAAACAGCGCGACAACCUCUCGUCUCGGUCACUUUACUUGGACCAAGACUCUUCAGGCUAUAGUGAUGAUGACGACGCCUAUACGCCCGCUCAUGUCCAUCCAUACCAUCACUCUCGCUCUCGCUCACGUCUAGAAGCAUUAGACAGUGACAAUUAUUAUCACGAUAGUAUUGACGAUAGCAUCAAUCCUUGGCCCACCAAAUUCUCUAAUAGUCGCUUCUCCAGGAAUGCCAACCAAGCCGGCUUUGCGAAGAGCCAUUCAAGAAACCAUAGCCCAUUCGAGAUACCUUACAGGGAUGAUACAGAUGAUGAUGACGACUCCCAUCAACAACAACAAAAUCAACAACAACAAAACUACCCCAAAAAUGGAUCAGAGAGUAAUAGAGGAGCUAAUUCAGGAAAGGACCCCAUCGAACGUGAGAGCGGAAUAGCAAUGUUUGUACCUUAUCGAGACGACGAGAACGAUAGUACCAAUCAUGACGACAAUGGCAUUUCAAUUGGCAGCAGGAAUACUCGCAAUAGCUCAACUAAAGUUUAUCCCAAAGCGAACUAUACGCCUUACAACAUUCAUGCAGAAAUGGUUCCUUCCCCUAGAAAACUUCGCGCACCGCGCAAUCUUCAUGACAAGGUGGCCUGGGAUGAUACUGAGGAUGAUGCAGAAGAAGUCCUUGAUGUCGAUGCGCUUAUUGCAGAACAGGAAAGGAUAACCCGUGAGCUCGCAGCUCAAGAAGAAGCCUUGCGCCAAGAGGAGGAGGCCGCUAUUGUGGCCAAGAGAAUGGCGGCGAUCCGUGCUGCUGAGAAACGAGGAUUGCUACGCUUUGAGGGGGACAAACUUGUUAUUCCUAGUUCUGAUAAGCAGGUGCAAGGCGAUGAUCUGCAGAUUUCCUUACGGCACACAAUCGAGAAAACAACACCCUCAACAGCUUCUUCCUUUGUGGGAGGCAUCGAUGCAUUUAACCUAGAGCUUAAGAUGGCGAACCUGAAUACUUAUCAAACUGGAAGUCAGAAUAAAAUUAAAAUGGCUUCAUCAUCGUCAUCGGUAUCUAGAUCUACAAGACCCGCGCCCACUCGAACGUCGACUUCGACUUCAACAGCUACUUGGGUUAGUGCUGCAGACACAUUGCAACCAUUACCCCCAUCUACAACGCCAAAAACUGUUUCUAUAUCUACAUCCACAUCAACGUCCACUAGCGGCACCCCUAUCACUCUUCCUGGUCAAUCGGGAAUCAACACCAGAGGUGUUCUCAGCAACAUUACUACUUUUCUCAAGAAGGUUGAUGGUGUUAUUGCAGGAGACAGUGGUGAUGAAUCAUCUGAUGAAUCAUCUUUCCAUAAGGAGCUCGAUAAUAAGCAAGAGCAUCGCAGCUCAGGCAUCAGCAGUAUCAGUAAGGGCCAUGUAAACCGACUUAAUGGACUGCAAGAGCCAAUAGCCAAACUGCCAAUAAAUGGAGAAUCAAGCGGAGAGAUUGAGCAAGACGUCAAUAGCUGUAACAGUAACAAUAUAGAAUGCACCAGGCUUAGGGAAUACAACACCUGUGCAGCAGAGGCUCAGCCAGCACCAAUAACAACUAUAGCGGUAACAGCUUAUUCGGGCUCGGAGAGGCAGUCAUGUCCAGAGGAUCCUUUUAAUAACAUCAAGGCCACCUCGAAUGAAGCUGAAGAGGAUAGGAGGAAGACGUCAAUACCAUGGGAUCAAAAUAACGAAAAUAUUGAACAUGAUCAUAUUAAUAUUAAGACCGAUGAACAAGAGCGCCAACCCGAGAAGGCACACGUCCCUGCUAUUACCGCUAUUACCACUGGAACGUAUUUCGGUGGUGCUCUUUCAUCCAUCUUUAACACUGGAUCCAGUAUUAUGGGAUAUUUUAGUGGCGUAGGGGCUGGGACCGAUCAGCACCAAGAUGGAUAUGAAGACGAGGAAGAGAGGAAGUAUACUGGUCACAGGCUAUCCCCUUUCAAUUAUAUUGGUUUCAAAGCAAGGACCGCGGCAGUAACUGACGACGAUGACGACGACAGUAUCAACGAUUUUAAUUUCUGAAUGGAAAAGGCGAUCAAUGAUAGUGCCAUAUCGACCACACUUCAAACUAUAUCCCUUAAUUAACAUCUGUAUACCUUUUAUAAGAAAUUCAUUUACUAUCUUGUAACAUACCAAAUGCCCUUUAUUUUUGACGGGGGAACAUGGAAAGCGUAGGGCCCCUGUACGACCAAACAACCCAGAAAGACUGUCAAUUUUUUUUUAAAAUGUCUACUGACAUGACUGGUGUGCAAACAAGAGAACUUCGCCACUACUAUUUGCACGGUGAUAUAUCAGACAUACAUAUCAUACAUAUAGUUUUAUUGUUGUUUUCAGUCCA